AGCUUUCGGACUCUGAUAGCUCUCAGCUUGAACUGAUUAGGUGUUUGGAAGGCCACAAUCACCCUGAGAAUAUUUGCAAGCUGAAUGUGUUGAAGGGGUCAGAGAGAGAAAAAACAACAAAGAAGUUGAAGCCAUCUGAAAGAAAGAAAAGAGAAGAAUGAAAUAAAGAGAGAGAGAAGGGGAAAUCUAAGGUUAGGACAGGAAUAGCAAAACAAGAAGAACAAAAAAGGCAGAGGUGAUUUAAGUGAUUUAAGAAGGAGUGGAUUCAAAAGGACGGACAGCAAGAGAUAUCAAGUUGUAUCAGAGAGGAUGAAGUUUAAUGAGAGGAGGACGCCGUUGCUGUCCGUCAAAGAAAACAUUGAGAUGGAGCUGUUCUCUUCAGAGGAGUCCUGCAUGGUCAUAACAACACUCGAGAAGGAGGAAGAAUGCAGCUAUGACCGGAGACAUCUGGAGCAUCCUCUGGUCCCCGACUCUGAGGAAGAGGAGGAGGAGGAGGAGGAGGGAGGGGACCAGAGCUGCUCUUUGAGACCCCUCUCAAGGAGCAGCAGCCUAAAACUAGAGCAGAGUCUGCUGCUAAGGAUCUGACCAAGCACCUUCCCGCUGUCCCAGGAUUCAUGGACGAGAUUGAGAUUGAAAUGGAGGUGUUUCUCAGAGUGCCUAAGAGGGAGCUGGUGGAGUUAAAGUUCGAUGAUCCAACCCCCAUGACCCUGCAGCAAACUCCAAGCAAAGCUAAUCGUCUGAAAUGGAAGAGACAAACUCCACAGAGGACAGGACUGGUUGUCAAAGACGUGGUCUGUCUCCCCAGAGGACUCUACCUGGAACAGCUGGAGAGACCCGUUGUUCCACGUGGCAAAGAACGAGCAUCACUGGUGGCCUCAGGAAUGACCGCUCGCAUCACUAUCGACUGUGGCUGGUCGGCCAAUCAGAUGGAGAGUCGGCUGCUGUUGCUCUUCCGAGGGGGGAUUGUAAGACAGACCGGACAAAAGUUCUCCUUCACAUAUUUACAGUGUGUGCAGGGCUCCAGGGUGCUGUUUGUCCCGGACACCCCUGCAGAAGGCUGGACAGUAGAAAAGGUGCUGAAGUUGGCAGGACAUGGUGCUCUGUACAUCAGCCACCAGGAAUACCCACAGAGAGUACAGGACUCUGUAGCCAAUGAGACUUCUGUGUUGAACAAGACAGGUGACUUUAGCCCAGAGGAGAGAGAAAUGAUGUGCCUGGAUAAAGAAAGUCAGCUGUCAGAGCAGACCCAGCCACGUGUUUGUGGCCCCUCAGAGGAGGUUGAUCUGAAAACCAUCCUGACGCUGUUCCGUCAGGACAAUGUGGAUCAAAAUGUAGAAACUCACAUCCAGGUGAGGAGGGGAGACCUCCUCCACUGUGCUCGGAAGGCAGUGAGAAGACCUGGCUUCUACUUCAGGACGACACCUACCAUCUCCUUCAUCGGGGAGGAGACUCACAGUCAUGAGGGAGCUCUCAGGGAGUUCUUCAGACUGACCUUGCUGGAGUUGCAGCAAACGUCUUUAUUUGAAGGUCUCCCAGGGCGUCUGUUCUUCACCUAUGAUCUCUCAGCUCUUGAAGACAGGAAGUAUUAUGACGCAGGUCUUCUGGUCGGCUGGUCUCUGACUCAGGGCGGACCUGGACCUCAUUGUCUACACUCUUCUCUUUACCAGCUGAUGUGUGGCCAGAAUCCAUCUUUAGAAGACUUCAGCUGGAAGGACAUUGUUGACGUUGAAGCACAAAACAGACUGCAGCAGCUGCAGAGUUGCAGAGAUGUCAAUGUGCUGACUCCCAGUCUUUGCGACUGGUUGUCCAGCUGUGGGAUCCCUGAAAUCCAGUCAGCCCAUACUGAUGAAGUAACAGAUAUCUAUAGUCAUGUAGUGAAACAUUACAUCUACCACAGUCCUCCAGACAGCCCACUGAGGGCAGCUGAGGAGGCAGCAGCUGCUCACUGGGAAACAGCCCUCGCCUUGAUCAGCGAUGGACAGGCAGAUUUUUCCCUUGAAGAACUCCUCUUCUUCAUCAUUGGAGCUGAACAUCAGCCUCCUCUUGGGUUCCCCGAUUUGAUCUCCUUGCGUUUUUACACCGAGGAGGGGAGCAUGUCAGGUGUGCACCGGCCCCACGCCUCCACCUGUGCUCUGGAGCUCUUGCUGCCAACAGGAGUGGCCGGGGCUGCAGAUGUUUUGGUGCUACUGGGUAGAGCCAUGCUCAAGGCCCUGGGCUUUUCGCGUGUCCAGGAAGAGGAAGAGGAAGAGGAAGAGGGAGAAGGAGAAGGAGAGAACAGCAGUACGGAUGUGAUGACAGAUUUAUGAAGUGGGAGCUCCAAAUCCUUCUUCAGCUCUGGUCAAAGGUUUCUGCAGGAAAGAAACAUUGAGACUGAGAAGAAAGUUCUGAGUUUGCUGCAUUCCUCAAUAUAACUCAGGUGACCCAAUGAGGUAGUUUAGACCAGUGUUUCCUGUGCUCAAAACUUUAAUCAUUCAGAACUCUUCAAUUUAGGACGGUCAUAAAUGUUUGGUUUUGAAAUUAAUAUUCCAAAGUGCAAUGGAUUGACUCAGGUGUUCAAAAUAAGAUCAAACUAUUUAAUAUUGUGCCUCUGCUGAUUUCAAUCAUCUAAUACAGAAAAGAAUGUUUUGCACAAUUAUCAGAGCUAUGUAUGCCUUGUAUUGUCCUGUUUGUAUCUUAACAUAAUUUAAUAAGGCAGAUUAUACAGUUCAUGUUUAAAUAAUUGUAUUUGCUUGAAAAAAAGAAAAAAAAAAGAAACGUUGAAUAAAAUGUAUUCCGACUCUAUCCACUGUCCAAUCUCUGUGA